GUGAUUGUAAUCCUAUAUUCAAAAACUAAACUUUCAAACAAAGAUAGUUUACUACAAUUAUAAACAUUGUGUAAAGUGAUUUGUUAGUUUUACAAAAUGUAUAAUACACGUGAGGAUUUUACUUUUAUAUAUCGCACGCUAGGAUCUAUAUAUCAACGAGUUCAUUUCUGAAUAGAGGAUGAAGGUUAAAUAUAGCAUGCCCCAUAACACCACUGAGUCUCUGCAUAUAGUUAAUAAAUAAAAAAAUGAAUACUUCUUUAAAUUAUUUGAACCAAUCUUAACUGCACAAGUUUAGUGAAAUUAAAUCAACUUGAUAUUAAAUUCUUUUGAAAAAUGCAGCCAAAUGUCUUUCAUAAAUACAGUAAUUAUUUUUUUUUAUCUUUGAAAAAGUUCAAUUCCCAAGAGUACAUUCUGGCCUUUGAUUCCAUACAGUAUGGGACGGGCUGUACGUUCCGUAGAUCAUCCUGGAUCACGUCGCAAUAUGGAAUGCUAACUGUAUAAUCAAACAUAACAUUGAUGAACUGCAUUCAACUUUCAUAUACAUCUAACGUGAUGGAAUUCUCGUUCCAGCCAUUGCCACGGUAUAGAAUCAGGUACAUGUCCCAAGUUUUGCGCCGUACACACAAUUACAUCUGAUCAUGUGAUGUAACGCUAAAGAUGAGAAUCGAUGUAAACUCGGAAAUUACGCCUUUCGUCCUAACAACGGAUGAAGCGAGAGCAGUCACUGGAGUAUUGUGUCAUUUUCCCCUCAAAACUCAAUGCACACGCAGUGAGUAUUAAGAAAACCUGCAGUUAUCUAGAGGGAUGUGCCGUUUUAUGUAUUGAUUCUGCUGCUGUGUCACACGUUGCAGACAGAUCGAUAUAAUCAAAAAUUGGACGGAGAGCAGGCGGUCAUUGAAAGCGCAAGAUAGACUUUGGGACACUGACUUUGACUACGGAUAACUACGUUCACCUGAGUAGAAUAUAGGGCUCACAGCGGGUGGGACCGGUCAUCAGGGGAUGUGUAUUCCUCCUAGGCACCUGAUCCCACAUAUGGGAUAGUCGUUGGCUAUCUUCAUGCAUCGCAGCAAAUAGGCAAACUCAGCGAUUGUUUUGAGCUCGACAAUCGCAGACAUAUUCACAGUUUAUCCUCGACAGUCGGAGGGCACUCGAGGAACUUCGUUGUACUUGUGACACUGUGAAUACCCUACGAGUCACCUCGAGUGUACUACUGGUUACUGCGAGUAUUCCUCGAAUAAAUAGAAAUUUAGUGCGAUUCCAUGCGAAUACGAUUGGAAAACAGGCGAUUGAUGAUACACACUGGUUCCGCAGGUCGUCAGUUCAACUCCGGGUAGGGGCGGAACGUGUGGCAGCGUGGCGAGAAUUCCAUCGUCAUAGAAAGCAAGUUGUUUGACUUGCCUAGAUGGUCGAGCGGUCUAGUGCGCUGUUUACAAGCUGCUAGGAGAUUUGGUUCCAAACCCGGGUAGGGGCGGAAGCGCCGUUCCUUAUCUUCUCGGAAUGGAUAGAACACACAUUGACAGGAAUUCUUAAGAGGAUAUGAAAGUGAGGUUAUCAAAAGGAGGCUGCAUGUAUUACAAUAUAAGUGAAGAUAAUGAACAGUGAUCAAUCUCAUAACUCCUACAAGCAAUACAAAAUAGAGAGUUGGGCAAACACGUUUCCCUGGACACACCAGAGGUGGGAUCAGGUGCCUAGGAGGAGUGAGCAUCCCCUGUCGGUCGGUCACACCCGCCGUGAGCCCUGUAUCCUGAUCAGUCGGAAUGAUCCACACGCGUCAACAUCCGUGAAAGUCGCGAUGACUCCUCGGAUUUACCAGGAAGGCGGUAUGAUUCUCGUUAUUUACAUCGUACUCGUUUUGGCAUCUGCUGAAACAAAUAAUUACGGAUAUACAUUCAAUGUGACUUCAGUUACCAAAUGUCCAUUGAACAAAGAAGAAUGGGAUGCUGCCUCGGACAGACUGAAUUGUACCGAAACGCAAGGCUACCACUGUGUUCCAGAUAAAUACAUGACGUCACUUGUAGAGUUCUGCUACACACGGGGAAAGAAAUUUCCAUUUCAUAAAGGAAAUUGUCUUGAGCUUGCGGCGGAUGGAAUACUUAAUCAUUUUCCUUGUGCUAAAACCUUUCCUUGUGGAUGUCCCGAUAGUUUUUACUUCAGUAACGAGAUAUAUAAAUAUCCAAAGUGCCUUCAAAUUAAUACCCAGCUAGAAUGUUUCGAGUCGGAUAUUCAAUGCAUGAUCACAAAAGCUCUUGACCAUACCACAAAUCUUACCAAUGAAGCGAUAGUUGUCAAUUUCUCCACGAAUUGUCAGGAUACCAACAUUCAACUUAUUGUGACAGGACCUUCAAAUGACACAUCUGUAAACACCUAUAAACCCAUUCAAUAUGAAAGAGAAAACAGAGAAUGUGCCAGUUGUGAAAUCCAUGUGGUGUUUAUCGUAAUUCUAGCACUACUCUUCGUCGGAUCUCUGGUUCUGUCUGGGUGGUUAUACUUCAGACAGCGGCAAAUGAAAAAGAAUACUGCACAACAACAAAUAGACAUGACAAGGCAACCAUUACUUCCUUCAUCAACGUCGUCACAUGAGAACAGUGAAUCAACGCACCCACAUGACAUGAUAAGGCAACCAUUACUUCCUUCAUCAACGUCGUCACAUGCGAACAGUGAAUCAACGCACCCACAUGAUGAAGCUUUCUCCGAUCUAGCAAGAGCAUGUCGAAAUGGAGAUAAGGCUAAAUACCAUUCCCUGACGGCGCCGGAAACCUUCGACAAAAGCUUACUGAUAAAGAAAGACAACCGAGGCCGGACCGUCCUCCAUCACGCUGUUUAUGGAGGAAGUUAUGAUAUCGUGUACGAUCUGUUAAAAUUCAAAGAAGUAGAUGUCUGUGAAAGAGAAAAUAUUGGCAGAACAGCUCUACACCUAGCUGCUCAAGGUGACAAUGUGGAGAUUUUCAACACAGUUUUGCAAAAGGUGGGAAACAGUUUGUUGCAGUCUAAGGAUAAAAAUGAGCUAACUCCAUUCUGUUACGCUGCACUUGCUGGGAAAAAAACUGUCAUAGAGAGUAUAGUUGAAAAAGGAUUUAAUAUCGAAAAAUUAACAAAAUAUGGUGAAUCUAUCGCACAUCUGGCAUGUAUUGGGGGUAGUUUAGAAAUUUUGAAAAUGGUCUCCGAGAAAGAAAGUAAACGUGGAUCAUUGAACACAGAACAUGAGGAGGAGGAGGAGGACAUAAUCAAAAGAAAAAACAAAAUGGAUUGGAAUCCUCUUCAGUACGCAGCAAAGUCAGGAAACACAAAUAUCCUAAAGUUUCUGAUUGAAAAUAAUGUUCGUCUGAUCAAUUCCACUGAGGACUUGAAAUCUGCGUUCCAUUCUGCGUGCGAAAAUGGACAUCUUGAAGCCUGCACAUACAUUGCUCGAUAUAGACCUGAAUGUGUCCACACAACGGAUAACAGAGGAAGACAUGCGGGUCAUUUCAUAGCUAAAUGUGGAAACGUCAACAUUUUAAAAAUUUUGAUUGAUGAAUGUAAACUGCUAGCUGAUAAUCCGUCCUCUCAGAAAAUCAAUAUUCUUCACAUUGCAUGUCGCCAUGGAAGGUUUGACAUGUGUGUAUAUAUAGCAGAAAAUUAUCCGCAUUUAGUUACACAAGAGAGCAAAAAGGGUUGGAAUGCAGCCUUAUUUCUUAGUGAAAAGGGAGGGGCUGAUGAAGAAAGACUAAAAAUACUUCAGUUCUUAGUGAGCAAAUGCAAAUUAUUUGUGUACCAUGUCUCUAGAGCCGGAAAAACUAUUCUAUACAACGCAUGUGCUAAUAGGUCUCAGAGAUUCUGUCGAUAUCUUCUUGAAAACUACCCUGACCUUCUAACAAUCGAACGAUGCAUGGACCCCAGAAAUGUCACCAGUGAUCCAGAAAUAAUCGGUCUCAUUGAGACGCAUUCCAAGGAAGAGUAACGUUAUGCUUUAUUUCAGCGAUACAGAAAAAUACAUUGUAAGCCCAGAUGUACGUUAAAAUAGUCUAUAACAAGCUGGUUGUACUUCUAAUCCUGGUGGAAUCCGUUCGUAUUCAAUGUUUUAUUAUGAAAACUGUCAUCAAUUUUCAAAGAAAAACUUUGAUCAUCCAUGUAUCUUUCAUCAAUGCUUUCAAUGAACAGUUAUUUUCACUAGGAAUAAAAUAUAUAAAAGAUU